AUGGCCACCCAGAUCUGCUCCCCAAUCUUCUCUUCUGGGUCUGUCAAGGGCCUCUGUGGCACAGCAGGUGGCAUCUCUCGGAUGUCCUCCAUCCGCUCUAUGAGCUCCUGCAGGAUUCCUAGUCUUUCUGGUGGGAUGGGAUCUGCCUCCUCCAUCAGGCCGGGUCUCACUAGCCUUGGGAGCUGCUUGCCUAGCUCCUGCAUGUCCUCUGGGUGCCACCCUUCUAGCUUUGUUGGGAGCGGGGUGCCUAGCUCCUGCAUGUCCUCUGGGUGCCACUCUUCUGGCUUUGCUGGGAGCGGGGGUUGGUUCUGCGAGGGCUCCUUCAAUGGCAGCGAGAAGGAGACCAUGCAGUUUCUGAAUGACCGCCUGGCCAACUACCUGGACAAGGUGCGCCAGCUGGAGCGGGAGAACACGGAGCUGGAGUGCCGCAUCCGGGAGUGGUAUGAGUCUCAGAGCCCGUACAUCUGCCCAGAUUACCAGUCCUACUUCAAGACCAUCGAGGAUCUCCAGCAGAAGAUCCUGCUGACAAAGGCUGAGAAUACCAGGCUGGUUCUGCAAAUUGACAAUGCCAAGUUGGCAGCUGACGACUUCCGGACCAAGUACGAGUCGGAGCUGGGCUUGCGGCAGCUGGUGGAGGCCGACACCAACAGCCUGCGCAGGAUGCUGGAUGAGCUGACCCUGUGCAAGGCUGACCUGGAGAUGCAGGUGGAGUCCCUGAAGGAGGAGCUGCUCUGCCUCAAGAAGAACCACGAGGAGGAAGUCAAUGCCCUCCGUUGCCAGAUCGGGGACCGACUGAAUGUGGAGGUGGAUGCCGCUCCCCCAGUGGAUCUCAACAAGAUCCUGGAUGAUAUGAGAUGCCAGUAUGAGGCCCUGGUGGAGAAUAACCGUCGAGAUGUGGAGGCCUGGUUCAACACCCAGACCGAGGAGCUGAACCAGCAGGUGGUGUCCAGCUCGGAGCAGCUGCAGUGCUGCCAGACGGAGAUCAUUGAACUAAGACGCACGGUCAACGCCCUGGAGAUCGAGCUGCAGGCCCAGCACAGCAUGCGGAACUCCCUGGAGUCCACCCUGGCAGAGACGGAGACCCGCUAUAGCUCCCAGCUGGCCCAGAUGCAGUGCCUGAUCAGCAAUGUGGAGGCCCAGCUGGCUGAGAUCCGCUGCGACCUGGAGCGGCAGAACCACGAGUAUCAGGCUCUCCUGGAUGUCAAGGCCCGGCUGGAGUCAGAGAUCGCUACCUACCGCUGCCUGCUGGAUGGAGAAGACUGCAGGCUGCCUCCUCACCCUUGUGCCACAGAAUGCAAGCCUGCCAUGAGAGUUCCUUACGGCUCGAGCAUGCCCUGCCCGCCGGCUCCCCACAUCAGCACCCAGGUCCGCACCAUCACUGAGGAGAUCAGAGAUAGGAAAGUCCUGUCCUCCAGGGAGCACAUGCAGCCCUGCCCGUUGUAACCGGGGCCCACAGGAAGGAGGACACCCCUGUGGCUCCCCGCUCUAAGUGACCCCCUUUCCCUAGAAAGGCUCCCCGCUCAGCAGGUUUUUCUAACAAAAUACUUCUUAUGUGGUCUUCCUGGACUUAACU